AUGGCACGAAAUGAGGAGAAGGCGCAGUCUAUGCUCAACAGGUGGUGGGCCUUCAAGUCGGGUGACCUCGACAAGAAGGAAAGGAAGCGACCCUACCUUGCCUCCAAGUGCAACAACACCAUAGCCUGCGAGAAAUGGCGUCUACAAAUCUUGCACGAAAUUGGACAGAAGGUGCAGGAGAUACAGAGCGCUGCGCUGGGCGAGCACAAGCUGCGACAGCUCAACGACGAGAUCAACAAGCUGAUUCGAGAAAAGGGGCACUGGGAACGGCGAAUCCUUGAACUGGGUGGGCCGAACUACCUGAGCAGCUCGGCGGUGGCGGGAGAUGACGGCGGCCAGACGGUGGAGCCCGGAGGCUACCGCUACUUCGGCGCUGCGCGCGACCUGCCCGGUGUGAAGCAGCUCUUCUUCCAACAGCUCCCCGAAGCGGAGAAGAAGAAGAAGACGAGGGCGGAUCUGUAUCGCGCGGUGGACGCGGACUACUACGGGUUCCGGGACGACGAGGACGGCAAGCUCGAAGAACUCGAGCGCGCGGCGGAGGCAGCGGCCGUGGAGGCGGCGGUCAAGGAGUGGGAGCAGGCCACGGGCAAGCGACGCAAGCUGGAGGACGAGGAAGACAACGACGAGGAGCUCUCGGGAGCCAACGUGUUCCGCGUGCCCUCUGCCGAGGCCGUCGAACGCGCCCUCAUCGAGCGGCGCAAGCAGGACCUGCUGCGGAAGUAUUCCGGCGCCAAGUGA